CCAAACAGCAGCAGCAGUUGAUACAGCAGCAACAUAAAAUCAACUUACUGCAGCAGCAAAUUCAGGUGAACAUGCCUUAUGUUAUGAUCCCUGCCUUUCAUCCCAAUGCCCAACCAUUGCCCGUCACCUCUGAGGCCCAGAUGGGAUUGCCUCGGCAUCCCAUUCCCUGCAAACCAGUGGAAUAUCCCUUGCCGUUGCAGCCCAAUCCACACUCCACUCCAGUCAAAAGGUCCAGUGGUACAGUCUUUCGCCAGGAUUCCAGUCAACCUCUCAACCUCACGGCUAAACCCAAGACCCCAAGUCCUCAGGCACUGGAAAUGGCCCACUUGCAAGCAGGGUACCGAGCCAGAGAUCUACCCCAUAGUCCUACUCGAUCUGCCCUCAGCCUGAGCUUCUUGGGAGAGGGUGAUGUUGUGACACAAGCCAUUCAUGAUGCCCAGCAGCUGUUGCGUGGAGGACAAGGCCCGAUGGGCCGUGAGAGGGACAACAACACAAGGCUGGAGGCGUCUCGAGAGCGGAUGGAUGAUGGAAAGUCCCUGCGGAUGAAUGAGGACCACCUCAGCAGUGACACUGAGGGGCAGAUGGCAGUCUCUGGUGUGGGAAGCUUUGGUGAAUCCCGGACUCCCUCCUCUGGCCACAUCAAACGUCCCAUGAACGCCUUCAUGGUGUGGGCCAAAGACGAAAGACGGCGUAUCCUGCAGGCGUUCCCUGACAUGCACAACUCCAGUAUCAGCAAGAUCCUCGGUUCCCGAUGGAAGUCCAUGUCCAAUCAGGAGAAGCAGCCGUACUACGAAGAGCAGGCCAGAUUGAGUCGGCAGCACCUGGAACGUUACCCAGACUACAAAUACAAACCCCGGCCGAAGCGGACCUGUAUCGUAGAGGGCAGACGACUGCGGGUCGGAGAGUACAAGGCCAUGAUGAAGAGUCGGCGACAGGAGCAACGAGUAACUUACCCUCCAAGCCAAUCAGAGCAGCAGCUACCGUACCCUACCAGUGAAGGACAGUACCAGACCACGCCGGUGUCAAUGGCCCCAUUGCCCUUGUACCCUGCCCUCCUGGAGCACUACCUUCCUCGGAGUCUGGAGCCCAUGAAAGGCCAAGGGAGUGAGAUGCGGGAGGUCACGCGGCCCAGACAGCCCUACAGCGAAGGGGAGGAGAGUGAUGCGGGUGAACGCAGUGAGGGAGAGCUGGUUGUCCUCACUGACUGAGAUAGGAGGAAAGGAUUGGAGGACAGAAAGGGCGGAAAACGCGAAAGAGGGGGAGUGAGAUGGAGAAAAUAACUGGGAGAUUUUGCAGUCUCUACCUACAACAUGAUGGUGUCCAAUAAAUGGUAUAGGUCAGUGUUUUCCAGUCCAGUUGUGAGGAUGUCCUUGCAAACUAGUUUCAAACCUACCAGAUUGGUCACAUGGUUCUAUAGGGUUGGUUAGGAAGGCAGCAAACAUGGUAAAUGAAGCAUAGAUCUAGAUCUAUUUUUCAGAUUUUUCCAGUGGUGUAGGCCAGACAGGAUAGGUCUUACAUACUGACCACAGCUUGGAAAAAGCAAGACUUUUUCAAUCUACAAUAUUCAUUGUGAGACUGCACAUCUUGAGAGUUUUGAAGGCACUGUGAAGCUGGUGUGCAAGAAUUGUUUUACAAAUCAUCAAAUGUCACUGCACAUAUUAUGAAGUAAAUGUUAUCUGCAAAGUGCAUAAGAAAUUGCACAAGAAUCGGCUUUUCUAGAAGGGGUACAGAUACGUAUAUUCACUUUUGGUGUAUCUGAAAAAGUUCUACAUUUGACAUCAUGUCAAAUGAUUGGCAAUAAUAGGAAGGAACAGUUCAUCCAAAAAUGAAAAGGAGAUUAGGGUGAGUAAACAAUGAAAAUUUUUUUUGAUGAACUAUUUCUUUAAAUAGUCAAUGCACUGAGAGCUCUGCAUCAUUUUGCCAUAGAAAAAA